AUGUCCCAAGCCGGGAUCGUCCUCGCGUUCAACCCAAAGCAACACUCGUACCUGACGCUGUACCUGGCCGCCAUCCACGCCUCGUGCAUCACGCAAGACCAGGCCAUCGCCACUUUCCUGCCGCCGCUGUCACACGAGAAGCUGCUGAAGUGGUGGAAGGAGCGCAUCGCAGAAGUCAACGAUGGCAAGAGGCUGAUCUGGAUUCUUGUCACCGAGGUGGAUGCCAGCGGGAAACCUAGGGGCAGCGAAGUCAUGGGCGUGGUCAUGCUGUCUACGCCGUUCUCAGAGACGGGCGCGUUCAGGGGGUACGUGGAAAAGCUGCUGGUUCACAGGAACUUCAGGGGCAGAGGAGGCGCGAAGGCCUUGAUGGAGGCCCUGGAGAACGAGGCGGCGAAUAUGGGGAGAAGCGUAUUGUUGCUCGACACCGAGGCGGACAGUGUCGCCGAGGCGGUUUUCAGGAAGCUGGGCUACGUCGAGACGGGGAGGGUGCCUAGGUAUGGCAUGAGUCCGACGGGGGAGCUGAAGGACGUCGAGCCUGUGCUUUCACGCUUGUGCGAGGCGAAGCUCGACCGGGCCAAGGACUCGUGCUGCGUCGAGACGUACGGCGGCUUGCCGGUGGCUACUCAGCCACGGAGCACCCUCACCGGGCUCGAGGACAGAGGCCAGAUCUAUCCCAGGGACGAGUGGUCCAUCCACGGCCUGUGGCCUGGUGAGCAGCAAGAACACACCUCCUCCAGCGCGCGCAAAUACUGGCAAGGCCCAUUGCUAGCAAUCUGCCCAGAUUUCUGCAACGGUACCGCCCUUUCCGGCUGA